AUGGGUUCUGAGGCUGUUGAGUCGGGAGUCCGCGGCGAGACCCAACUAGGGCGUUGUCGCGGCAACGGUGACGAAAGUGGUUUAGCGGGUUUGGCUCGGUCCUUUGUUCGUUUCCCCGACUUUGUCGCCUCGGCCUUCAGGCAUCUACAAAUUAUCCGCGGCGCAUCGGAACUUGGUCUUCAACUCGACCUGGCUUGGUCUCAGACUCAAUCUCACUACAAGCAUAUCGUCACAACCAUGGCCUCACACAGCAUGAAUACUACACGCCUCCUCCUCCGACUCCGACCGAACACACCCUCAAAUCCCACAUCCACCCUCCUCCCACGAUCACCACAACUCCCCCUCCCCCGAGCAAGGACAGCCGCAUACAGCACACGCCUAACAACCGAACACCUGCCGAGAAUCGCACAGCCGUCUCUGUGGAACUCGUUGAUCCCAAAGUCCUUCCGGAACCGCACCGCAUCAUCACCAGCCUCCUCCGAAACCUCAAAAGAAUGGAACCCGGCCUCAUUCUACAUCAUAAUCUUCAUCCUGAUCGGGUCGCAAGCAAUUCGGAUGAUCAUGCUCAGAAACGAUUAUAACGCCUAUACGCGAAGUACGGAUGCGAAGAUCAGACUGCUGAAGGAGGUUAUUGGGAAGGUGCAGAGGGGUGAGGAUGUCGAUGUUGAGAAACUGCUUGGCACCGGGGAUCAGAGCGUUGAGAGGGAGUGGGAUGAAGUGCUCAGAGAAAUUGAGCGCGAAGACUCGCUCUGGCACCAGAAGCAGAAGCGUGCUGCGGAGGAGCAGACGAAGGCAGAAGCAGAAGCAGCGGCUCAGGAACAGACAAAUCAGGAUCCAGUGGCACCCGCGGUAGACGAGACAGACCAGUCGACGGCGAAAGACAACGCGACGAAACGGAAAGUCAGCUUCUUCUAA